AUGAGCAUCCAUUAUCUUGAACGCAUUCAGUUUGGCAAUCGAGAUGGCUUGUCUCUGUGGAUUCGCUGGAACAAGGCACGAAUGAUUGUGCACAUCGAUCCAUCCCCAGCUGGGGACUUGAUGCAGGAUUCUCUCAUCAAGGAGUACGAAGACGCGGUUUGUAAUAGCCAGCGAGAGGAAGAAGCUAUGAUGGACAAGAUCUUGGACACCGUCGUUGAAGUUGGGAGGCCAACCUUUGACCAGACUGUCCCACCGAAGGACAAGCCUGCUCCCCCGCCGUCCCUGCAUUCUCUCCUUUUCCCAGAAGAAUUUACCUUUCUCUUUUACACGCGACACAAAGAUGGAGAGUGGAUCCUCGACACCAGCGCCCAGAGCCCCGACGUCUCGUUGAGGGGAGCACUGCCACUCAAUCUUGAACUUAUCCAGGGUGCGGAUCUGCCCAUAGUCUCGACCAAAGACAUAUUUGUGGUGGAUGAAAUCAUCAGCGACGGACGUGUCUCUCGUGUUCUUGUGGAAAAUGAAGAAAUGUGCGCCAAAGUCGGGAUUUAUCUGCCGGCCGAGUCUAUCCAAAGGGAGCUGCACACUCUUUUGAAGAUUCGGGCCUCCCAAUACGCCGACACUAUCCGGGUACCACAAAUUCUCGGUUUGGUCAAGGGUCCAGUUCAUGACAAGAUAAUCGGGUUCUUAAGUCAGUACAUUCCGCCCCCAGAUGUUCUCUCCCUUGUCAGUCUCGGAGAUGUCAGGGCUUCCUCGUUUGCCGCGAGCAGGAGGAACAAUGAACUACUAUCUGGAACCGUCACCAUCACGGUGGCACCUGAUCUCACCUGUGGUUUCGACGAGAAUGGCUACGACAUGACCUGCCCUGGAUCGACUCGUUGCUCGUGGCAAGCAGGAAAAAUCAACGCUGUGUUUUGUGGCCUGGAAGAUAUCACCACUACCUGCCUUGACCGCUCCAAGGCGACGGACACAGAUAUUUGCGACUCGGACUGUACCUCUAACACUAUAUACAACAAGUUCUGCACAUACUCGGACGAGCCGUACUGUCAACCCAUGCAGCUCGGUGUGGGCAUGACUACUUGGGAGUGUGGAUCCUCUUUACUCAAGCGAUACUAUUCUAGCAGCCGAUCCAAAGUGACUCGUUACUUCAGCACCGUCGUUCUAGUCGACGGAAGCCCUACUGAGACAUGGAUCAACAUAUUCUAUGUGCCUUCAUCGGGUACUUUGCCUGACAUAGCGCCAACAAUACCUUCAUUGGUCACUACUCAACCGAGUGACAACCCGCCUCCCCCAAAAGCCAACGUUGGUGCAAUCGUGGGAGGUGUCGUGGGCGGUGUCACCGUUAUCUGCCUAACGAUCUUGGGAGCUCUGAUGAUCGUGCGCCGGAAUCGCAGCCAGCCAGCAGCGCAUGACUCUCUCACUGUUUCCACUGUCCAACCUAAGGCACCAGAUACAGCGACCGUGGCGGGCGCUCCAGCGGUGAUGCAGCCAUAUUCCCCCAGCAGCACAACCUCGCCUCUACAACCCCACGACGCGGGGAUGCCUCCCCCAGGGGCUUACACGGCGCCCAAUGCUUCUGCUAUAGCUACUUCAGGCCAUGUAAAUACGAGCGCUCACGAGCUUGGAGCAUAA